AUGGCGCCUCUGAACCAGCUGAGCAGCCAGAUCAACUCCACCUGUGGGGCAGAGAACUCCACAGCGGCCAGCCGGGGCCACCCACAUACCUACUAUGCACUCUCCUACUGUGCGCUCAUCCUGGCCAUCGUCUUCGGCAAUGGUCUAGUGUGUGUGGCAGUGCUGAAGGAACGGGCUUUGCAGACCACCACCAACUACCUGGUGGUGAGCCUGGCUGUGGCAGACCUGCUGGUGGCCACCUUGGUGAUGCCCUGGGUGGUGUACCUGGAGGUGACAGGUGGAGUCUGGAACUUCAGCCGCGUUUGCUGCGAUGUUUUCGUCACCCUGGAUGUCAUGAUGUGUACCGCCAGCAUCCUGAACCUCUGCGCCAUCAGCAUCGACAGGUACACUGCGGUGGUCAUGCCAGUUCACUACCAACAUGGCACUGGACAGAGCUCCUGUCGGCGCGUGGCCCUCAUGAUUACAGCCGUCUGGGUACUGGCCUUUGCUGUGUCCUGCCCUCUCCUCUUUGGCUUCAACACCACAGGAGACCCCACUGUCUGCUCCAUCUCCAACCCUGACUUUGUCAUCUACUCUUCAGUGGUGUCCUUCUACCUGCCCUUUGGAGUGACUGUCCUCGUCUAUGCCAGGAUCUACAUGGUGUUGAGACAGAGGAGACGGAAACGGAUCCUCACUCGACAGAACAGUCAAUGCAUCAGUGUCAGACACAGCUUCCCUCAACAACCACUCUCCCCUAGCCAGGCACACAUGGAGCUGAAGCGCUACUACAGCAUCUGCCAAGAUACUGCCUUGGGGCGAUCAGUCUUCCAAGAAGCCGGAGGAGAGUUGAAAAGGGAGGGGAGGACUCGGAACUCCCUCAGCCCCACCAUGGCACCCAAGCUCAGCUUAGAGGUUCGAAAACUCAGUAAUGGCAGGUUGUCGACAUCUCUAAAGCUGGGGCCCUUGCAGCCUCGUGGAGUGCCACUUCGGGAGAAGAAGGCAACCCAGAUGCUGGCCAUUGUGCUUGGGGCCUUCAUUGUCUGCUGGCUGCCCUUCUUUUUGACCCACGUUCUCAAUACCCACUGCCGAGCCUGCCACGUGUCCCCAGAGCUUUACAGCGCCACCACGUGGCUGGGCUACAUGAACAGUGCCCUCAACCCCGUGAUCUAUACCACCUUCAAUGUCGAGUUCCGUAAAGCCUUCCUCAAGAUCCUGUCUUGCUGAAGGAGAAGAGAGCGUACUCCCUGUGCCCACCCUUAGCUGCCAGGCCAUUGGGCCACUGGCCAGGGUCUGCUCAAAAAGACUAUGCUGUGUUCUCUGGCGUGGGGUAGGAAGAAGACUCGCGGAGGCAGGACCUCCCUGAGUAGCAGGUAUAACCAACUGCUUCCUCCUAAACAGAAUGUUCUACCUCCCCAGCUAAAAUCUGACUUCAUCCUCUCAAGCUCCAAGUGGUUGGGAGGUCCCCGAGUGACAAGCAAUAAUUCAGAAAGAAGCUGAUAAAACAUGACUCUACACACACACAAAAUUGUCAUCAGAGGCAUGAUUCAUCACAGUGAAGAAAAAAUGAACAGAUCUCAUAAUUGUCAACUUGCCGGGGGUCCUUGAAAUCUCAGCCAGUAAACCAUCUUGCAGAAUAGCCAGACUCUCUUCUGUCAAGCCUCUAAUUAAACUGUCAGGCUGACCUUGUACUGUUGUGGGCCCAUACACUUUUGGUCAUUCCUUUUGUUCACUGUAUGCUGAAUUAUAAGGGCAUGGCCAGUGCUUCUACCUCUCUGUAGAAUCUGGAUGCCAUUGGUGAGGGAAAUUCCUCACCCUGAGUGAGACAUUGUCCCACAUUGGGACGCAAGCUUCCUUUCAAAUCUUGCUACCCCUGCGCUGUAGUUCUCACUAAGAAGGCCCUCUGACUCCAUUCCCUUAUUCUUGGAGACUCAACUCCAGAAUAAUUCAGGAUGAGGAUGUUAAGGGAAAAAGGAAUGGUGGCUCCCACUUGUGGUAUCCGUUUCAAACAUAUGGUUCAUAACAUGCCUUCAAUACGCUUUUCAUAACGCCAUAGGGUUUUCCUACCGAGGCAUCUUCAUCUCCUGCUUAACAGAGACCCAAUACUCUGAGACCCUAAACCCCAUUAAGUUUUUAAUGUCUACAAAGUGCCAGUCACCUCCCAGGCUCUGGAUCAAUGACAAUGAAGAAGACAGCUCCUGCCCUCAAGGAGCCCACCACCUGCUCCUGUGUUUGUUCAUUUACAUGUAAGGGUGAUAGGGACUCCCCUAGACUGUCAGAGGACCUCAGAACCGGGGGCACCAGGCAGAGUAGCUGUCCAAAGACAUCACAUGGACAGUCUUCAUAAAGGCCUAGUGCAGAGCCUGAACAGGACCACUCCAACAACUGAAAUGAAAGGCAUAAUAGAAAUAAUGUGUCGAUGUCAUUCAAAUUGCAUUUAGAAGGAACCUGAAUAUUCUCACUACUUCCCUUUUUACCUACAGAAGCUAUUUCUCAUUGACUAGAGAAUCCAGAUACAAUUUAUGGAUAAUUUAUGAAGUGUUAUCAUCCUGAACUUCAGUAAAUUUACUGUGAAGGGCUGUUAGUGCAUAGGUGUGACAGAUGCCCACUGUAAUGCUGGUAAAAUUUUUAAGUGCACAAGAAUUUAACGAAGAAUCCAAGGCUUCUUUGCCCCAUCUUUAUUCCUCUAACCCUUAAGUGUAUAAGAAGCAAAUAUAUACCCCCAGCAACUUUGUUACCUGCUACUCCUGAAUGCUUUUAAUGCCAGCAUUUUUAAAAUGUUAUUGCCUAAAACAGUAUUCAUAUUGUAAGUCUAGUGGGAAAAUUCUUUGUGCCCACUAGUUCUUGUACUUCGUGCCAUCUAGCUCAAGAGGUUUAUGCGGCAAGCAGAACUGGGAACUGAGACUGUUACAUAUCUAAAGAAGUAAAAGGACAUGAUCCUAGGUUUUUCCAUGCAAAAUAAACAGAAAACAAAUAGGACAGUGGGUUAAAAUUAAUAAAAUUCCAUGUCAAAACGAGAGUUCUAAAAAUAAAAACAUAGCGUCAGUAUUAAUAUAUUUAUGAGGAAGAAGGAUGGCAAAUAUGGUGUAUCCUUCCUUGCCACCAAGCCAUUAAAACCUUAGGAUGACCUUAAAAAGAUAAACUCAGUUUUUGGAGGUGAGGAAACAGGCUAAGGGAGGUCAAGAAAUUUGGCCCAGGUCAUACACAGUAAGUGACAGAGCUGGGACUCGAGUGUACGUCUACCUGACUGGCAAGCCUGUCCAACUAAGCACCAUGACACACUGCCUUCCACCAGAGAGGGAAAGGGGUGGGAGGAAAAGAUGGGGAGAAAAAAAUGGAGCCAGGGUCCCUGGAAGAGCCUCAACCUACCUGAGCCACCUCUGCCCCUAAACUGGCCCCUGAAGCAGCCAGCGCAACACACUGCUCUCACUCUCCUGCCAAGUUCAACUUCUAAAACAGUCACACAGCAAAUUCAUAAUCUAUUUGUAUAAAAUCAGGCAACAGACCUUAGAGAGCAUUUGGUUCUAUUCUCUCUUUUAUCUAUAUAAAAGGAAACCGAAGUCCAGAACUAUUGUCCCCGUUCACUCCCGACAGACAAGCGUGCCAAUAUACUGAACACUUCUAUAAAAACUAUAAACUCCAGAUAGAUACAAGGAGAAAGUCAUCCUGUCACCUUCAUCGUUAAACUGAGAGGCAUCUUUUCCCCUAGCCCAGUGGCCUCUUAUUCCUAAUCUGAGACAACAUCCCCUUCCCAGAAUUUUCUUCUGAUCCAGGAAGAGCCUUCUAGAGGAAUUCCAAACACUCUCUUCAGCCUCUUCAGCCUGGGAUUCUUCAUUCUACCCCUUCUACCUCUGUAGUUCCCACCGUGAACCAGCACUUAACCUCAGAGUUCACUGCUUUCAGAGCCAGCAUGGCCAAAACUGCCAGGAGAGACAUUGGCCUGAAUGAAGCAGGGCAGAGUUCUUGGGGCAAACCUGUUCUGGGGCCUGAAGAAGCCUCAGAGCUGGCCAUAUUAUCGGGGUGAAAUGCAAAUAGCACGGAAAUCCAGAGAGAUUACAACCAACAUUCAACUCUAGAUCAUAAGUAAAUAUUUUCUUCUUCCAGAACACCAUCCUCUAAAAUUCCUUUCAAGGAAGGCCCAUUUAUUAAAUGGCACCUCCUAGGUGCCAGGCAUGGUGCUUAGUGCUGGGAAAUAUCAUCGAGCGAGACAGGGUCCCUGCCCCCAAAGUUUGUAGUACGGUGGGGAAGCCACAUUUGUGUGUACACUGAUGACCUGCUCUUUGU